ACUUGUACAACUGCAGUCCCCGACACCAACGGCUAUGUUCCUCCGGCCGCGUGCAAUGCCAACUACGGCUUUUACCCUCAGUGGGAAGAUAAUGCCGCCUUUGCGAUUGCAUUUGGCUUGACAACGUGUGCGCAUCUUGCACAGGCUGUUACUUUGAAGAAGCCAUUCUGCUGGGUCAUCAUCAUGGGUGCACUAUGGGAAUGCGUUUGCUUCAUUCUACGCACGUUGGGUGCAAAAGAUCAGCAAAACUCGACAUAUGUGACCCUUUCGACACUAUUAUUCCUUCUCGCUCCAUUGUGGAUAAAUGCGUUUGCAUACAUGGUUGUCUCCCGCCUCAUUUACUUCCUCCACCCGAAACAAAGAGCACUCAGAAUCCCGGCUCGUUGGCUUGCAAAAGGCUUCGUGGCGGCCGAUGUAAUUUCUUUCAUCGUUCAAGCUGCUGGUGGUGCGCUCAUGGCAGAUCAGCAUAGCACGGAAAACGCAAGCCUUGGAAGGAAAGUUUACAUGGCCGGUGUUGGGGUGCAGCUCUUCUUUGUACUGAUAUUCGUCGUUGUCGUUACCUCCUUUUACCGACAAAUAUCAUUUGAUAUCCGCACCGGUACACUGAAAAAUCGGAAUAGGUGGAUACGUCCUCUUAUUCUCGUCAUAUUUCUUGUUCUUAUUCUGAUUGUUGUCCGUAUACUCUCGCCGUCUACACCACAUCUGGAGCGAAUUACGUUUCGACUUAUCGAGUUUAGCGGCGGCGUGUCCUCUUCCAACGAAAUACUGCGUCACGAAGCUUAUCAGUUAUAUCUUGAUGCGUUAGCCAUGCUUCUUGCUCUGGCGUCUCUGAAUCUGGUGCAUCCUGGGAUAGUUCUAAAGGGGCCCGGAAGCAGUUUUCCUUCGUCCAAAAUUCAG